AUGCCCGAGACUCACAUCGAGAAAGAGUACGUCGCGGUGGUUUCCGGCAUCCAUGGCCUACGCCCCGACGAGGCCGUCCAGCAGCAGCUCCUGGAUGGUGUCGACUUGGAGGAUGGCAAGGCGCCAGCGGCCGCCAAAGUCGUGGAGCUCCUUCAGGACGAUGCCACGGGCUUGGCCCAACUUCGGCUGGUUGUGUCUUCUGGACGGUACCACCUGGUGAGGCGGAUGAUGAGAGCGGUCGGCUUCCACUGCGAGCAGCUGCUGCGCACGCGCAUCGGGACCAUUCGCGGGGUGCGCGCGGGCCUGGCUCGAGAGGAAGCGCGGGAGGGAGGCAGAGCCCAACUGGGGGACGGCGCAAAUCUGCAGCCCGGGCAAUCUCACGGGCGCCUGCCUGUGAGGUAUGCUGCUGUAACAGCGGAAGAGGUUGCCAGCAUCUACCGGCGAGGGGUUGCAUGGCUUAACCGAGCAUGCAGAAGCCAGCCCAUGCUGAAGACGCAACAAGGCUUUGCAACCGCAACAAGCUUUCUCCGGCCCCUUAGCGCAGCUUUCCGGUCCCAUGGGAUGCGGCGCUCCAAGUUCUCCACGCUGCGGCGGCGUCGGGAGCUGUCGAAGGUUCUCUGCGCCAUCGCGGGCCGCAGCUGCCAAAAGGACGCCCAAGAGUUCUCCAAGGUUCUGCACACCUUUGGCACCGACACUUCCAACUUGGAGGAGCGGCGCUGUGUGAGCCGUGACGCGGUGCGGGAGCCUUUUGUCUCUCCCUUCAAGCAUAUCGGCUCCAGGGAUGAGGAGUCCCACUGGAUGGAGAAUCGGUCGCCGGUGGUAGGGAGGAAGUUUAGCAACGCAGAGGUCUUGGGGCGGGCGCGGCGGGUGAUCAUCUCGGCCAAGGCCCACCGUGAGAUCGACUGGGACAAGGUUUUCCUGGCCGCUGAUGUGGACAAGUCUGGCGCAUUGGACCUCAAGGAGCUGAAGCAGGUGAUGCGUGUGGCGCUGCGCAUCUCCCCGCAGACGCUGCCAGACUACGACAUCCAGGUGCUGUUCGAGGCCAUCGACCAGGACGGCAGCGGCUCUGUGGAGAUGUCUGAGCUGCUAGAGUACGUGUGCCACGGCUCCAAGCGGCCGGACGAUGAUCAAGAGCUGUUCAGGAAGAAGACCGCUCGGGUGCGGAGGAACUUGAACCUGGCCUUCCGGAAAUACACCGCAUCUCACGCAGCGAUCAAUGAACUGUUUGCCAACAUGGACGCCGGCGGCGACGGCAAGGUCUCCUUGACCGAGUUCAUGUACUUUGCGCGGAUCAACUUGCGGCUCACGCAAUAUGACGUGGGCGACAUGGAGCUGAAGCAGUUUUAUAGAGGCAUGGACCACGACGGGGACGGCGUGGACGCGGAGGAGCUGCUGAACUUCAUCAAGGAGCAGCACGCAGAGCUGUCCAGCCGGAAGGUGUUUUCCUUCGCGGACAAGGACGGCGGUGGGAUAAAGAAGGAGCCAUGGAAGCAGCGCAACCCCUUUGACAGGGGCAACUGCCUGGAGUCCCCAAGCAGCGUUUUCGUGAACCUGGGCCGCAUCAAGCCGCCGCCAAUGCGGUUGGCGGUGGCAAGCAGGUAAACGUCCUUAUUGGGAGUGCGCUUCUUGCGUCGCCCGCGCCUGUCUGUAAGUGCCAGAUUUGCCACUGAUGCAAGCCAACUUGGCAACUUGGAAUUUCCCGAUGCCAAAGGCAUUCUGUGGACCCAAGCGUGCAUC